AACCUUCUCCACCCACACCGUACCACUUGAGCUUUUUCAUUUUUAUUUUUUAUUGCUGGUUCUCUUUAUCGCAGUGUCAUCCCUUGCUCCACAUUCUUCUUGUCUCUCCUGUGCUCAGGUUCCUGAUCUGUCCGUCAUGGGUCCGAGAUAUGAGAAGAUUGCUGCUGAGGACGAUGAGGACCUCGACAUUCAUGGAAACAUAACAACUGGUUCUUCGGUAUCUAUCUCAUCCCGACCAGGUGUCACCACCAUUCAGAUACCCAACUCCCCCCCUCCUUCUUUCCAUUCGCGUUCGGGCACACCCGACUCGGACUCCGCCCUAUCAGAAUCCUUUGAUAGUCUGAGUGAUGGUGAGGACGAUGAUAUGAGAAACGUUCGAGGUUCCCAAAACUCCAACUUUAACCAUGAGUCAAUACCCCUGGCACCGUCGGCAAUGACCGGACUGUCUGCGCCUGUAUCCUCCGCCUCCACUUUUGCGGCAAUGCCAGGAAGAGCUGUCGGUGGUGGGCAGACAGAUGGAGUGUUUGCGAACCUAAGCGCGAAGCCCACAGUGGCUGAGAAACUCGAAGAACACCCUCCUUCAUACGAGCAAGCGGCCGCUGAUGCAACGCCCCCGUAUUGGGAAACUACGAUCCUUGCCCCUGGCAUGUCCGCAGACGAGGUUUUCAUUGAUGGUUUACCAGUUGGUUCAGUUUUUGCUUUCAUUUGGAACGCAAUGAUUUCAAUGUCAUUCACUUUCGUCGGAUUUCUUCUCACUUACCUCCUUCAUACAACUCACGCUGCAAAGAACGGAUCUCGUGCUGGGUUAGGGAUUACACUAAUUCAAUAUGGAUUUUACAUGCGUUCCCGUCCGGAUGACUACACUGGCGGUGCCCCACCCCCGGAAAACGAGCCAUCAGAGCCGAAUUCCUACGACUUUGGGGUUGCUGAUAUGGUUACAGACACCCCCGAAGAUGGCAUAGGUCGAAACGAAUGGAUCAGCUACGCGCUGAUGGUAGUCGGCUGGUUCAUCCUUAUCAGAUCUGUGAGCAGCUUUAUGAGAGCCAGGAGGACAGAACAAGUUGUGUUGGCAAGCCCAGAUCGCGGCCUCGGUACGGCUGUUAUUGCUGACGACGAACAACCUGCGCGAGCAGUAUAAUAUCCCUGGUUGUGGGACUAUUCUCCUUUCCUUUCACCAUACUCUCCUUUAUCUAUUCCCUGGGCGCCUGGGCUGCAGGUCCAGGCAUUCUUCCUCGCGUCUAUUGAUCCACUUGCCGCCACCCCGCGAUCCGGGCAGUUUUGCUUGUGUGGGUCUCCUUUCAGGUGAGGAUGGAAUGGUGUGGGAGGGUUGGGCAUAGUCAAUUAGCUCACUGAUGGUCUUUCUUUAUCCUGGAGCGAUUCCUUUUUGUUAUCCUCGUCGUCCCCCUACUCAAUGUCGGGUGUUCUCUUUUCUGUUUAGCUUGUUUCGCUACUGGUAAUUGCUUUUUCUUGCUCUCUGAAUUAUGUAGAAAAUGGGAUUUGCAUGUAAGGUAUAUUGAAAUCUCUCUUUGGCUUACCAUUC